UCGACCGCGACCGUCCUCGUUGGGACUUCGUCCGCAGGGCGCACUCUGCUUCUUGCAACCCAUGAUGGACACGAUUCUGGCGCCGACGACGCUCCCGAUGACACUGCCGCCGUCAUCGAUGAAAGCAAGCGUGUACGACUUUGACCCGGCGACGGCUGCGGGUGUGCACGGGCAGGUCAUCGUACAUUACAAGAAGCACGGCGCGCGCAUUCACGCCCACUUGGAUCUGCGCAAGGCCAACUGGACGGCCUUGAGCGCCAUCGAUGCCAACUGCACCGGGCCCGUCGAUACAUUUGGCUGGCAUCUGCACACCAAGUGGACCAACGGGAACGUAACCUCGGCGUUCGGUGCUGGCUGCAGCCUCGCAGCCGCUGGCAACCACUACGACCCGAGCUUGGCCUGUGGCCCGAACUCUGAGCACCAACGAGACACGUGCUUGUCCAAGGCGCCUGGCGGUGCGUACAACUGCACCGCGGCAACGUACGCAGCCAACGCGACGGCCUGCGAAGCCGGCGAUCUCUCGGGCAAAUUGGGAACCAUGGUCGCUCGCCAUGGACACAUCCGCAAGACGUGGCGCGACUGGCACUACCCGUCGCCGCACGAGGCGACGCCGCAGUGGAACUUGAUGCUGCACGCCGUGUGCGGGUCGUCGACGCCUCGUUUCGUCUGCGCGGUCGCCGACAAUAGCAAAGCGGCGUGGCACCGCAAGCACAAGGACGAGUUGAGCAAGGUCAACGUGGAUAUUGACAUUGACAACGACGAUAUUGACGUUGACAUUGACAUUGACAUUGACGACGACGAGCGCCACCAUCGUCUUCACGAUUAGAGACCUUGGAUUUUUGUGAAAACUUGAACAUACUACAAAUCUCACUGAUGUGUAAAGACGU